ACACGCUAUAAGUGAGUGAAUUGGGCACCACACCACACUCACGCAUUCGUCGAGCAGCUUGUGCGCAGUGCCCAAGUCACCAAUUUUUCCUCAUGAUAAUGUGUUCCUCUUCACCUCAAGAAACCGUCACUUCCUCCGCUUCUCAAUUGCAAUAGCAUCCUGUGAUGUACAACGGAGCUUUUUAAAUUGUUUCUUCGCAAAAGGUCUCCAUGGAAACCAGUCCCAAGAGGAAGGUCAAGUGCUCUGUUCUUCAACGUUAUUGCAACGGCGAGGAGAAUCAAGAAAUGGGUUUUGAUUCUAGCGUCGAUGUUGGUGCCGUUGCUGUGGGGAAUCUAGAAAUGGUGGGUUUUGGGGUUUCUUCUCCAAAAGACGGGCAGGAAACCAUGGAAACCAGUCCUAAGAAGAAGUUCAAGCGCUCUGUUCUUCAUCCUGAUUGUAACGUUGCGCAGAAUCGAGAAGUGGGUUUUGAAAAUGCCGCUUUUUCUGAUGUAAUUUCUAGGUCUUCUGAUGUAAUUCCCUUUCCAAGCAAAUCGCCUGGAAGAUAUGGAGAAGAUUAUCCAGAGCCUUUCCUCAGACAAAGUGAGAGAGAAACGGCAAAGUUGAUGGUGAACAGAAGUGACGAUAGAGGCUUCAUCGCCGUUUGCGUUUGUAGAAAGCGCAGAGUAAAUUCACUUUAAAAUUGAAAUUAAUGGGUUGAAGAAUGAAUUUGAAAUACACGAAUUUUUCUCUU